AUGGCGACGAGCACGGAAGAUACGUCGCACGAUCUAGUGGGCGGGCCAUUCGCCGUUAUCGAGUCUGACCCAGGCGUCUUCACUGCACUCAUCCGAAAGCUGGGAGUCCGAGGACUUGAAGUCACCGAAAUCUAUGACAUUGAACCAUGGGCGGUCGAUCACUUGGAGCCGCACGGUCUGAUAUUCUGUUACCUGUGCACCGACGAUAACGAGGCAGCAGAGAACAUAGCAUAUAUUGACGAUCCAGAUGCGGAAGUGAUCUGGUUCGCCAAUCAGCUCAGCAAUGAUGCCUGUUCCUCUCAAGCGCUGCUCAACGUACUACUCAACUGCCCGAAUGUUGAACUGGGCGAGGAACUGCGUGAGUUCCGAGCCAUAACCGAGCAGAUGUCCCCAGUUAUGAGAGGUCUUGCUCUGUCUGGAUCUCAGUUCAUACGAGAGGCUCAAAAUUCUCUAGCACGACCGGCGGACAUCCGCGGAGCUCUCCAUUCUAUCGCAACAACAACAGUCAAGGCUAGCAAGGCCCAGGCGAAGGCAGCAAAGCCGCCACCUAAGAAACGCAAGGUCUCGAGCUCCCCUUCAAAAGCCAGAUGCAAGUCAGCCAAAGCCGCCGAAGAGCAGCAGGAGGUAUAUCACUUCAUCGGCUACGUCCCCGCGCGCGGCAGAGUCUGGGAGCUCGACGGGCUCCGUAAAUCUGCGCUCGAAGUCGGCGAACUGGGCGGACCAUCGGACGCCCGGAACAGCUGGAUGGAUGUCGUGCGCCCCGCACUGCGGAUGCGGAUGCAGCAGUACACCGCCAGCGAGAGCGACCACAUACGGUACAAUCUCCUCGCAAUCGUCGACGAUAGGUACUGCGCAGCCAGCGACAAGCUCGAGCUGCUCAAACGCGAGCGCAACACGCUCGAGCGGCGGCUGCGAGAGACCUAUCCAGAAGGCUGGGCAGAUAAGGUUGAUCAGACGCUCUACACGUGUGCAGCCGAUGCCUUCGCUACGUGUGUUCGACCGGCGUCGGAGGGAACUGUCUUUAGCGAGGACUUCGGGUCGCGCAAGAUGGACAGGGAGAUUGCCAUCCUCGACAUGCCGGCACGCAGCCUUCCAACAGCGUGGGAGGCAUGCGUGCAAGCUGCCCUGAGUGCCAAGGUCGCCGUCGAGGACGAGAUUACGAAAGCGAGGGAAGCGAAUACCGAACAGAUCAAGCGGACUUUCGACUACGAACCCUUCAUCACGCAGUUCAUAACAUGCCUGCACAACGAGGGCCUGCUCGAAGCGGCCAUGCAAUCAAAACCCGCGGAGGAGAGCCCUUCGCAAAGCGCACCUGCAAGAGGCAAAGGAAGAGGAAAACGAUGA